AACAGGCUUCCAGCAGCCCAGACCUUCAAAUCCAGAUCUGCCUGAGACAACUCUGCUUCUGGGUGGCGGCGACCAGUCCCUACCCCAGGAUGGGGACCAUAUCCAGAGCAGCCUUGGUUUUUGCCUGCUUGGCUCUUUCUUCUGCCACCUCUGAAGGAGGCCUUAGGACUCCAGAAAAGCAGGAGGUGAGACCAGAGCGCCUCACUCACAACCUUCAGGAAGUUGGCUAUGCAGCACCCCCUUCCCCACCCCGGACACGAAGCUUCUCUGUGUAUGAACCUGACACCAUUGAGUAUGACCUUCCCUUUGAGGAACAGCAUGAAGUGCAGCCCCUUCUCUCGCCAAAAGACAUCCCUGUGCAGAAGGAAGUGCUGGCCCCGCCCCAAAUCCCUGUUGAAAAGAAAGCAGGCUCCCAUUUCUCUCAGGAAGCAAUUUCCCCCCAAGAAGAGCUGCCCCCUCCCCAAAGCUCUACUGAACAGAAGGAAAAAAGGCCAGCUCCCCUCAUGAGCCAGAACCCUCCAGAAGAAUCUCCAUCCUGGAAUCCGGCGGAGCACUGCCCGCCGCCGGCUCGCUCUCGGGGCGGCUGGGCCCACCGGCUGGACGGCUUCCCGCCGGGGCGGCCUUCCUCCGACAAUCUGAAGCAGAUCUGCCUUCCUGAGCGCCAGCACGUGGUGUACGGGCCCUGGAACCUGCCGCAGACCGGCUUCUCCCACCUCAGUCGCCAGGGCCAGGCCCUCAACCUGCUGGAGACCGGCUAUUCCCGCUGCUGCCGCUGCCGCAGCCGCGGAACCCGCCUGGACUGUGCGCAGCUCGUGUGGGAGGACACAAUGACCCGAUUCUGUGAGGCCGAGUUCUCGGUCAAGACGCGACCCCACGGGUGCUGCAAAAAGCAGGGGGAGGCGCGCUUCUCAUGCUUCCAGGAGGAGGCGCCUCGGCCGCACUACCAGCCCCGGGCCUGCCCCAGCCAGCAGCCCGGCAUGGCCUCGGGCCCCGAGGUGCCUUUCCCCCCCGCGAUGCCCACCCUGGAUAACGUCAAGAACAUCUGCCACCUGAGACGCCUCCGCGCGCUGCCCCGCCACCUGCCGGCCGCAGACCGCCUCCAAAGACAGCUGCAGGCGCUGCUGCGGCUCGAGGGCGACUUCCAGCGCUGCUGCCGCCGGGGCGGCGACCUCCCCUGCGUGUGGAAGGCUUGGGAAGACACUCUGGAUAAGUACUGUGACCAGGAGCAGGCUAUAAAGACGCACCCCCACUCGUGUUGCCACUACCCUCCUAGCCCUGCCCGCGAUGAGUGUUUUGCCCGUCGGGCUCCCUACCCCAACUAUGACCGGGACAUCUUGACCCUUGACCUCAGCCGAGUGACCCCCAACCUCAUGGGCCAUCUCUGUGGAAACCAAAGAGCUAUCAGCAAACACAAACAGAUUCCUGGGCUGAUCCAGAACAUGACCGCCCGCUGCUGUGACCUGCCUUCUCCAGAACAGGCCUGCUGUGCUGAGGAAGAGAAAUUUGCCUUUGUCGAUGAUCUAUGUGGUCCCCGACGGAACUUCUGGAAAGAUACUGCCCUUUGCUGUGACCUGACUCCUGGGGAUGAACAGACCAACUGCUUCAACAUCAAUUAUCUGAGGAAUGUGGCUCUAGUGGCUGGGGACAGUGGGGAUGCCGCACACCAGGGGGAGCAGAGCCCAACUCGAGGAACAAAUAGCAGCCCCACCCCUGGGUCCAAGGAAGAAUGAGUCAGCUCAGAGCCUUGGAGGAUCAGAUGGGGGGAACCCCACCCCGCUCCACCCUCCCUGAACACUCAUUACAAUAAACACCUCUUGGAUUUGG